GAACGAACAAAGCAGAAGCGGCGUUCGCAGCUUCAAGAGCCAAAUGGCGAUACAGAAAUACCUUUAAAAUGACUUGAGUGCAAACGGAAUUCAACAUGGGAAAUUUAGGUGUGUGCUGUGCAGACCUGAAGGACAACAAGACCCUUAUGAAAAUGGGCCUGGGACUGGUGCUGGUGGGACACGUCAACUUCUUGCUGGGAGCGCUGGUACACGGCGUUGUGCUCAGGCACAUCAACGUGCAUGUUCAAGCCAGGGUCAUGGGGUACGCCAUCUACAUCAUCAUCGCCCUGGUGGCAGGGCUCGUGGGAAUCAUAGCUGGAAUAGUAGCCAUUGUCCUAUCCAAAAACCUGAAAAACAGGAUUCUGAUGUGGGCACUGUUGGUGGUCAGUUUAGUGUCAGGCCUUCUGGCAAUCGCCUCCACUGUGGGGUUAACCAUUUCCAUGGUUAAGGCCAUUAUGAGUGGAGGUCGGGGCCUGCUGAAGAAUUGCAAGUUCCCUGAUGCAAUUGGCUACUCCAGUGUCAACGAGUGCCCCUUUGACCCCACAAGGAUCUAUGAAACUACUAUUAUUCUGUGGGUUCCUCUCAUUCUAAUGUGUGUGGUGGAAGUGGUGUUCUCAGGCCGCUGUUUUGCUGUCUGCACCUCCUUCCUCCGCCUCUGUACGUGCAGAAGACGAAGGAAGAUUGUCAAUGGCAGAAGGGUGCGCAUUCAGACUCCAGGUGAAAUGUUACCGGUGUCGCCUACUCCUGAGUCAGAAACUGAGUCAGAGCCGGCAGAGCAACACGAACUGCUGAAGCCUGACUCACCGACCGAGAGGAGUGAAUGGGUCUGAACUAUAGACUAAUCCACCAUCUGCACUGACUGUUCAGGACCCAUGGUUCCUGUGUUGACUGGAGGGAGUAGUGCUAUUGAAUAACUGGCCAAAUUUGAGGUUCUUGUCACAUGAUUGCCGUUUCUUGAAAAGGAAUAUGUUCAAGACUAACCUCUUGAUGUGUCACUGCAAAUAUUGUCUACUUAACCUGUUUCCCCUGCCAUGGAAAAGGAGUAGGGUUGCAAAGGGUGGGUAUAGUACUGUUGAGGCUUAACAAAACUUUCACAUGACAUCUAGUGGCCUUUUAGGUACUUCAGAUUAUCACAGGUGCUGUAUCACAUGUAAAUUAUGAUUUACGUUUUUUUAAAGCUGUAAAACAAGCUUGGUGAAUACCAUUUGAGGGUUU